GGGCGGGCGGAGGAGGCCGCGAGGGUGCGCGGACCGGCCUGGGGAGGCGGCGGCCAUGGAGCUGUGGCGCCAGUGCACCCACUGGCUCAUCCAGUGCCGGGUGCUGCCGCCCAGCCACCGUGUGACCUGGGACGGGGCCCAGGUGUGCGAGCUGGCGCAGGCCCUCCGGGAUGGCGUCCUUCUGUGCCAGCUGCUCAACAACCUGCUGCCCCACGCUAUCAACCUGCGGGAAGUCAACCUGCGUCCCCAGAUGUCCCAGUUCCUCUGCCUUAAGAAUAUCCGCACCUUCCUGUCUACCUGCUAUGAGAAGUUUGGCCUCAAGCGGAGUGAACUCUUCGAGGCCUUCGACCUCUUCGAUGUGCAGGAUUUUGGCAAGGUCAUCUACACCCUGUCCGCUCUGUCCUGGACCCAGAUUGCCCAGAACAAGGGGAUCAUGCCCUUCCCCACUGAGGAGAGUGUGGGUGAUGAAGACAUCUACAGUGGACUGUCCGACCAGAUCGACGACACGGUGGAGGAGGAUGAGGACCUGUAUGACUGCGUGGAGAACGAGGAGGCGGAGGGCGACGAGGUCUACGAGGACCUCAUGCGCUCGGAGCCGGUACCCAUGCCGCCCAAGAUGACAGAGUAUGACAAGCGGUGCUGCUGUCUGCGGGAGAUCCAGCAGACGGAGGAGAAAUACACAGACACGCUGGGCUCCAUCCAACAGCAUUUUAUGAAGCCCUUGCAGCGGUUCCUUAAACCCCAAGACAUCGAGAUUAUCUUCAUCAACAUUGAGGACCUGCUUCGUGUGCACACCCAUUUCCUAAAGGAGAUGAAGGAAGCCCUGGCCAACCCCAGUGCACCCACCCUCUACCAAGUCUUCAUCAAAUACAAGGAGAGGUUCCUCAUCUAUGGCCGCUACUGCAGCCAAGUGGAGUCGGCCAGCAAGCACCUGGACCGCGUGGCCACAGCCCGGGAGGAUGUACAAAUGAAGCUGGAAGAAUGCUCUCAGCGCGCGAACAACGGGAGGUUCACCUUAAGGGACCUGUUGAUGGUGCCCAUGCAGCGGGUGCUCAAAUAUCACCUCCUUCUCCAGGAGCUGGUGAAACACACACAGGAUGCAAUGGAGAAGGACAACUUGCGGCUGGCCCUAGAUGCCAUGAGGGACCUGGCACAGUGCGUAAACGAGGUCAAGCGGGACAAUGAGACGUUGCGGCAGAUUACCAACUUCCAGCUGUCCAUCGAGAACCUGGACCAGUCUCUAGCCCACUACGGCCGACCCAAGAUCGAUGGUGAGCUGAAGAUAACUUCGGUGGAGAGGCGCUCCAAGAUGGACAGGUAUGCCUUCCUGCUUGACAAAGCUCUGCUCAUCUGUAAGCGCCGAGGGGACUCCUACGACCUCAAGGACUUUGUGAACCUGCAUAGCUUCCAGGUUCGAGAUGACUCCUCCGGAGAGAGGGACAACAAGAAGUGGACUCACAUGUUCCUCCUGAUCGAGGACCAAGGUGCCCAGGGUUAUGAGCUGUUCUUCAAGACACGGGAGCUAAAGAAGAAGUGGAUGGAGCAAUUCGAGAUGGCCAUCUCCAACAUCUACCCCGAGAACGCCACUGCCAAUGGUCAUGACUUCCAGAUGUUUUCCUUUGAGGAGACAACAUCCUGCAAGGCUUGCCAGAUGCUGCUGAGAGGCACUUUCUAUCAGGGGUACCGAUGUCAACGGUGCCGAGCACCCGCACAUAAGGAGUGUCUUGGGAGGGUCCCUCCUUGUGGUCGACAUGGACAAGAUUAUUCAGGAACUAUGAAGAAGGAUAAGCCACAUCGGCGGGCUCAGGACAAAAAGAGGAAUGAGCUGGGCCUGCCCAAGAUGGAGGUGUGCCAGGAAUACUACGGGCUGCCCCCACCCCCUGGAGCCAUUGGACCUUUUCUACGCCUCAGCCCGGGAGACAUUGUGGAGCUCACUAAGGCUGAAGCCGAACAGAACUGGUGGGAGGGAAGGAAUACGUCUACCAAUGAAGUCGGCUGGUUUCCCUGCAAUAGGGUCAAGCCCUAUGUGCAUGGUCCCCCUCAGGACCUGUCCAUUCAUCUCUGGUAUGCUGGCCCCAUGGAGCGAGCCGGGGCGGAAAGCAUUCUCACCAACCGCUCGGAUGGGACGUUCUUGGUGCGGCAGAGGGUGAAGGAUGCUGCAGAAUUUGCCAUCAGCAUUAAGUAUAAUGUUGAAGUCAAGCAUAUUAAAAUCAUGACAUCAGAAGGACUGUACCGGAUUACAGAGAAGAAAGCUUUCAGGGGACUUACGGAGCUGGUGGAAUUCUACCAGCAGAACUCUCUGAAGGAUUGCUUCAAGUCGCUGGACACCACUCUGCAGUUCCCCUUCAAGGAGCCCGAGAGGAGAGCCAUCAGCAAACCAGCAGCCGGGAGCACCAAAUACUUUGGCACAGCCAAAGCCCGCUAUGACUUCUGUGCCCGGGACCGAUCAGAGCUGUCCCUCAAAGAGGGCGACAUUAUCAAGAUCCUUAACAAGAAGGGGCAGCAGGGCUGGUGGCGAGGGGAGAUCUACGGUCGGGUUGGCUGGUUCCCCUCCAACUAUGUGGAAGAGGACUAUUCUGAGUACUGCUGAGUCUUGGCACAUUGGCAGAGAGAUGAGAGAUUCCAGGCUCCAAGCCCAGGAUGAACAGGCAGUGGGGCCAGGAGCUGGGACAGAUCCUGGCGGGCUGAGAGUCUGCAAUGGACUGUGGAGGGGUAGUGUCCAGCUGGCGGGGCUCCAGGGAUGAUGCCCUGCCAUGGUUAAUUUAUAACACAUGGAUUUCCUCUUGGGUCCCCUUGAAAAGGUGGGGCUCCAGGCAACAACCACUUUCAAAAAAUGAUGAAUGGAUGGACGGUGUCAGACCUGCAAGGGGAAUGAUGGGAGAGGGAGUCGGGAGAGACACAAGCCCCUUCACUGACUCCUGCUUUCCAGUCCUGUCACCUUUCUCUGUCACUUAAAGUAAGACCUCGAAGACUUAGAGAAUGAACUUAUGGUUGCCAGUGGGGUGGGAUGGUGGAGGGAGGAUGGGGAGGAAGGGAUAGUUAGGGAGUUUGGGAUGGAUAUGUACACACUGCUAUAUUUUAAAUGGAUAACCAACAGGGACCUACUGUGUAUAGCACAUGGAACUCUGCUCCUCAAGGUUACAUGGCAGCCUGGCUGGGAGGCGAGUUUGUGUAUAAAUGGCUGGGUCCCUUCACUAUUCACUUGAAAUUAUCACAACAUUGUUUGUUAAUUGGCUAUACCCAAAUAGAAAAUAAAAAGUUUAGAAUAUAAAAACAAAUAAGGCCUAAAAUCUGGAAAUGGGACUCCUAUGUGGCAGGAAAGAAUUUUACAUUCACAGAUUGUUCAGUGACCCCAGGGACUGCAGUGCGUCAGGCUUCCCUGUCCUUCACCAUCUCCUGGAGUUUGCUCAAAUUCAUGUCCAUGGAGUCGGUGAUGCUACCCAACCACCUCAUGCUCUACUGUCCCCUUCUUCUCCUGCCCUCAAUCUUUACAGCAUCAGGGGCUUUUCCAAUGAGUCAGAUCUUCAUUACAGAAGGCCAAAGUAUUGGAGCUUCAGCUUCAGUAUCAGUCCUUCCAGUGCGUAUUCAGGGUUGAUUUCCUUUAGGAUUGACUGGUUUGAUCUCCUUGCUGUCCAGAGUCCAAGACUCUUGCUCAAGAAUCUUCUCAAGCACCACAAUCUGAAAGCAAAAAUUCCUCGACACUCAGCCUUCUUUAUGGUCCGACUCUCACGUCUGUACAUGACUACUGGAAAAACCGCAGUUUUGACCAUAUGGACCUUUGUCGGCAAAGGUUGCUUUACAAUGUUAUGUUAAUUUCUACUCUACAGCAAAGUGAAUCAGCUAUGUGUACACACAUACCCCCUCUUUUUUUGGAUUUCCUUCCCGUUUAGGUCACCACAGAGCAUCGUGUAGAGUUCCGGGUGCUGUCCAGCAGGUUCUCAUUAGUUACCUAUUUUAUACACAGUAUUGUCAGCGUAUAUAUGUGAGUCCCAGUCUCCCAAAUCAUCCCGCCCUCCCUCCUUUCCCCCUUGGUGUCCACACGUCUCUUCUCUGCAUCUGUGUCUUUGUUUCUGUUUUGGGACUAUGUUCAUCUAUACCAUCUUUCUGGAUCCCACAUAAAUGUGUUAAUACACAGUAUCUAUUUUUCUCUGUCUGACUUACUUCACUCUGUAUAGAGAGUGAAGGGCUCCAGGUCCAUCCACGUCAAACAUAUGGGACACUUGACAAAUUUGCUGUCAUCCUUGCACAGGGGCUGUUCCAGUUUUAGUAUUUGUGCUGCCGAAGUGAGCACCAGAAUCUUUCCUUAGGCUUUUGAAAGCCCGGAAGUCACAUCUUUGGUAGAUUUCCUGAAGGAAUAAAAAAAAAAAUCUGUCACCUUAGGCUGAGUGUUGCUGCUGUUAACAAAUUAUUUCUCAUCUCAAUGUCUCAUAAUUCUUUCAUGCACUGGCCUCAACUCUGCUGAAGAAGAAGCUCCUGGAAGGAGAAGGCGCUGCAGCCUUGGGAUGUGCCAGGCUUGUGGCAGGAGUGAGAGAGAAAUGACUGGACCACCCAGUGGUUUCCUCAUAUUUCUUCUUGGGAAUGAAAAGAAGAUAUCUCAUUGGCCAGAGCAGCAUCAGUUGGCAAAGAUUUACUCCUCAACCAGGGAGAAGCAGUGACUACUUGGAAUAAAAUCAGAACCUGCCAGAAA